AUGGAUAGAGUGAGGAGCUCUGACAUCCGGGAGGAGCUGGGAUCUGACACUGAUAGCGCAGGAGUGUGUAACAGGCGUCCUCUUGCCUUCACUCAGGUGGGAUUGAUGAAGCAGAUGAAGGAGCAGCAGGAGAGGACGAGAGUCACAGAGACGCGGCGUAACCGAGAGAUCGCCACGCUCAAGAAAGACCAUCGCAAGCAGGAGCAUCAACUUCGGCAGCUGGAGGCGCAGAAGAGACAACAGGAGCUCAUUCUGCGCAGGAGAGCGGAGGAGAUAACUGCGCUGAGGCGACAGGUACGACCGGCAUCAGGCAAGGUUAACCGCAAGAUCAGUUUACCAGAGCCGCUGCAGGAUUCUUCAGCCCGCACAGGCUCCGGACGGCCACAGACCCCUGGAGCCACGGCUCCUAACGGGACAAGAAAGUACCUGAUGAGGACGGGAGGAGUUUUCUCCACCAGAACAGCUCGGGUCAAAUGGCAGUCAUUAGAGCGCCGCGUCAGUGACAUCAUCAUGCAGAGGAUGACCAUCGCCAACAUGGAGAGCGACAUGAACCGCUCGCUGAAGGUGACCAGUGGAUACCUUUCAUUACUGCUUUUACACGCCCAUCAGAAUGUUUUCUGGUCACUAUUGCUGAUGUUUUUUUCCUCACAAAACAACCCCUUGCCCAACAAUUGA